GCUUCGAGUCGGGUCGUUACUUUUACAAACUUAGCCCAACUCGUGAAACGUUGUGGCGAUGGGAUGAUAUACAUGUGGAUGUCAAGGUGGACCACGUCGCAGCAACUCUUUCGUGAUGCGGUUGACGCAGGCUACUUGUGAUUGGAAAUGCACAAAACACAUUGAGAGAUGAGUUUGGCACCAAUUUUGUGAGCUGCAAAAACAAUGAUUCUAGGCGGGUAAUAAAUCGCGAGUGGAAAAUGAGUGGCCAAGUGCGUCAGAUUGUGGUGUCGGUGCCGACGGAGUGUUGCACCGACCACCAGAACGGUCACCCUAUGGCCAGCUAUGAGAUCAUCAGCAUUCGGGAACGGCACGGUCGUUUUCGGAAGGCUGUGCCUAUCAUGCCGAUGCCCAUUGCUGUCUGUCUCUGUAUUCUCAACGUCUUACUGCCGGGAGUAGGUACUCUGGUAACAGUGAUAGCAGUGGUGUGCGGCUGCAGGACUGAACAUGAAUCCCGGUGUGUAGCCGCCGGUUACAACCUGUUGGCGUCGCUGCUACAGACAGUGACGGCGCCUUUCGUCGUCGGCUGGGUCUGGAGCAUCAUGUGGGGAAUCACCUUCGUCAAUGUCUCACUUAGCAAGCGAGGAAAUGUUCAGGUGUAGACUAUAUGUUAUACGACCAAGCCAAGACGUACCAAGACACCUCUGUGGUGAUGACGACGGUACCCACUCUAACAACAGGUGGCAUUGCAUGUCGACAAGUGUGUGCACAUUUUCUAUGGUGCUCCUUUCAGGUGAUUUUGUCAACAAUAUUUUUGACGAUAAAAAGAAUAACACAUAUCUCCUACACAAACACACGGUAUGGCAGGUGAGACACCUUGCUAGAAAAAAGACCUCAUUGUAACUACGUCUGUCUCGUUACUGGACUCAAUGAAACGUUGACUACUUCUGACAGAGAAAGAGAAGUCUUCCUUGUGACGUGAGAAGAAACCACUUUUAACGCAAGUUUAUCCUACACCGUUGUUUUCCCUGUAAUGCCAGGAAACGCAAUGUGUCAAUGGACGAGUAUCAAUAAUUAUCUACCAGUCAUCGAGGCACUUCUACAUAGAAAUCAUGGGCAAUAGAUUCCAUUAAGCAAUACUGGACUAUCUAGAGCUGCGCGAAUAUUCCAAAUUUAGAAUACGAAUCGAACAUCGGAUGCUACUGGAAUGCUAUUCGCAGCCUAUUUGCAGUAUUUGAAUCUUUUUUUUUCCGGAACAGUUACUGAAGUAUUGCUAUCGCCAUUCUGCAAGUGGGCUUCGCCUCGUUGCAUCGAAGAGUUAGGAGAAGCCCACUUCAUGUUAGCACCAUUGUUUCUCCCCCUCUGUUCUGCAAGUCGACUUUACACUCCUUACAGUAUUCUGUCACUAAAGUCUACAAUUUCCGUGACCUCAUGGUCAAGUGCAUGUUCCAGCAGAUGUACCCCCAUCUUUCAGAGUUAUGUUCAGAAACAGAUGGGAAUACGUGCAGUUUCUAAAAAGGGAACAGAAAAUUCACGAUGUAAACAUAGAAAUCAGGGGAUGCACACAAAGCAGGUUGCGUGAGUUCAUCCCACUAAUGCAGUCUACCAUACACAACACAGAGGGAUCCUCUCUCACAAUAUGUUGUGCUCACAAGUUUGACCACAAAAUAUUUCACAAUGGGGUAUUGGAAAUGAUUCCAAUUGGGCCUUUUCUGAUUAUUCAAAUUCGAUUCUCCUUCUGAAGAAAUUUUGCUACUCGCGCAGCUCUACUCUAUUCAAUACACAGCUGAAAGUGUGGAUAGCCCCCUCUGGCACUUGACAAAGCAUGAUUGCCAGGAUACAUUGUAAAUAACGUUCUAGCAUGAGACAGAAAUAAGGGUUGCCACCCUGGGCACUGGCAUCUUAACCCCCCACACAGAGACAUUGGUGUGUACUUUUAUGCAUUAUUACAAACAGUGUCACCUAUACACUGAGAUCAUCCUUCGAAAAGGCAUCACAGUUGCCAUGAUGCAGGUUUGGCAGCAUUUUCGCUGCUCUUCAUUCGUUUAUAUGCUACUUAAAAGGACAUCAAACGGGCCAGUACCUUCAUCGUGGCAGAAAAUCUGUCUGCUGACGGUUCAAUAUGGUACACAAUAACCCCAUAUUGUGCUUUUUUUUUUUCUUCUCUAAAGACUACAAUGAAAGAAUGCAAUGGAGACUAUGUAUUUUGCUGCAAUGAUCUAGGAAGGGCAAUCGGUGAAGCAUUUUGGAUGACGCAGGAUGAAUAUUUUCAUGUAGGGCUCAUCCAAGGAGGGACACCAAAAUCAAAUUAAAGUUUGCGACUGUUUACAGCACAAGUGAAUUAUGCAACCAAAAAAAAGAGAAGCCGUGGUAGAUGGUGGCUGCUGCACUUUGUACGCGUCACUGUAAGUAAAGCUUUCUGCGGUGGAAAAUUAACGCUUCCGCAAAGCGGGAUUUACGAACCCACGGGAUUCCGUGGACGAGAGAAAGUGAGCAAAAAAAAAUGUAGCAGCAUUCUCCCAAGCAUCGUUAAUGAGUUGUCAACUAGACUCAACUCUUACAAUUCCUGUCAUUAAAUUUUCUCGCUUCGUGGCACAUUCAGCCGUGUCGUAGAUCGAUCGAAAUCCUUACGUAAAGCAGAGUGAAAAACCGGGCGGAUAAUUACCGAACCCUCGUAGCAGCGAUAUUGGAGAAGAUAACUUUACAAAAAUAGAGGGACACCAGUAUUGACAGUCAGUCAUUGGAGAGGGAAGGCUCGUAUGUACGGUAUUUUAGGCGAGACUGUCGGAACAAUUGUCAGAAUUAUCCCGAGUAUUGUUUGUCUGUCGGUGUGUUGUCGUGUCCAUCCCUGUUCGUUCCCCUGCGCUGGGUAUUUUUUUACCAUUUUUACGGUGCUUAUGGCAGAAGUCGUUCCCGGUCACAUUCUCUUCAUUUGUGACAAACAAGGCAAAGCUGGAAGACCCGACAAUGCACUGACGACCGUGACCGGUUCAUAUUUUGACGAGUCCUACUUUUCCUACGUGUGUAUACCCGAGGAAUAUGCGCUCUUCUUUUAACAUUAACGAGUUGACAAAGUGAUAUAUGAGGUUUCUCACGUUGGAAACCACAUACUUUUAGUGGCCCCACAUAUUUUAGUAAAGGAAUGUUGAUGCACAGUGUUAAGUUUUGUCAUCAGGAUGUAGCGGAUGUUUCAAAAAGAAAAUAAAAACUGUUGACAAUA